AUGUUCAGAAAGAUCCACUCCAUCUUUAGCUCCAGCCCGCAGAGGAAGGCAGCAGCCGAGAACCCUUACUAUACCGGAGCGGGCUCAGGGGUGAAGCUGAUCCGUAGCAGCUCCAUGUAUGUGGUGGGGGACCACGGCGAGAAAUUCAGCGAGUCAUUAAAGAAGUACAAAAGCACGAGCAGCAUGGACACCAGCCUGUACUACCUGCAGCAGGAGGAGGAUCGCGCGUGGAUGUAUUCACGCACCCAGGACUGCCUGCAGUAUCUCCAGGAACUGCUGGCCCUGCGGAGAAAAUACCUCAGCAGCCUGGGCGAUCUGAAGCCACAACGUGCCUCGCAGGGCAUCUCCUCGACCUUCUCCAAAUAUUCCAAGGGAGGGAAAAAGCCCUGUGGCCAGUCCAUCCCCAAAGAAAUAAAGAAGGCAACCACAAAGAAAUACUCGCAGUUCAGUGCUGAUGUGGCCGACGCCAUUGCCUUCUUCGAUUCCAUCAUUGCUGAGCUGGAGACAGAGAGAUGGCCGCGGGCUGCCGAGGUUGAGCCGCUCAAUGAAGAUGUGGACUUCGAUGUGACCACCAGCUCCCGGGAGCACAGCCUGCACUCCAACUGGAUCUUGCGUGCUCCACGCAGACACUCUGAGGACAUCGCAGUGCAUGCUGCACACACCCCAGACAGCCAGUUUCGGAGGAGCACAGAGCUAAGGACCAUCGGCACCCAGAGGAGGCUUGAGAGACACCCCAUUUACUUGCCCAAGGCUGUGGAAGGGGCAUUCAACACUCUGAAAUUUAAGCCCAAACCCCACAAAAAAGAGCUGGGGAGUUCCAGACAGGUCCUUUUCAACUUCUCAGGAGAAGACAUGGAAUGGGAUGCAGAGCUCUUUGCACUGGAGCCCCUGGCAUCUCCGGGAGAGGACUACUGUGAGACAGAGAACCCCAAAGGACAGUGGCUGCUUCAAGAGAGACUCUGGGAGCGGACAGUGCCCUGA